GCUCUGACAUUUGUUCGGCUCCGCAGUGCUGCUGUUUGACCUGAUAAACCGCUGGAAGCUGAGGGAAGGAUCGUUACUGUAACUCUUCUCCUCCUCCUCCUCCUCCUCCUCUUCCUCCUCUUCGUCCUCCUUUCUGUCUCUCUUUGUCUCCAUGCGGGUCUCUGUCCCGCACAGACACAAACACCGGGCCUUCCUGUAGCCACCGCCCCGGCCUCCCUGUCCCUUCGGCCGGCGGAGCCUCCCAGCUGAGCCCCGCUGAGGUGGCCCGGUUCCCGGGGAGAGAUGCUGUAGAGCAGCCGGCGGAGGAGAUGCUUGUUCCGGACUGAAGAGAGCAGAAAGCAGCGGAGGGAAAGCAGGAAGAUGUCCGGCAGGACGCCUCUGACACCGGUGAGCGAGUCCGAACAGGCACCGCCAAAGCGUUCAGACGGGCUCCCCGAACCGCCGACUCCACCCACCAAAUCAUCGAGCCGCCACAGUCUGCCGCCAUGUCGCAGCUCUGUGGCGUCCCUCACAGACGAGCAGCCGCACGUUGGUAACUACCGUCUGCUGAAGACCAUCGGCAAGGGCAACUUCGCCAAGGUGAAACUGGCCCGACACACGCUGACCGGCCGAGAGGUCGCCAUCAAGAUCAUCGACAAAACUCAGCUGAACCCCACCAGCCUGCAGAAGCUCUUCAGGGAAGUGAGCGUGAUGAAGAUCCUCAACCACCCAAACAUCGUGAAACUGUUUGAGGUGAUUGAGACGGAGAAGACUCUGUACCUGGUCAUGGAGUACGCCAGCGGAGGUGAGGUCUUUGACUACCUGGUUGCUCAUGGACGAAUGAAGGAGAAGGAGGCCAGAGCCAAGUUCCGCCAGAUCGUGUCAGCAGUGCAGUACUGUCACCAGAAGAGGAUCGUACACCGAGACCUCAAGGCAGAAAACCUCCUGCUGGACGCCGACAUGAACAUUAAGAUCGCAGACUUUGGCUUCAGUAACGAGUUCACCGUGGGCAGCAAGUUGGACACGUUCUGCGGCUCUCCUCCGUAUGCUGCACCCGAACUCUUCCAGGGGAAGAAGUACGACGGGCCGGAGGUGGACGUCUGGAGCAUGGGAGUGAUUCUCUACACGCUGGUCAGCGGCUCGCUGCCCUUCGACGGACAGAACCUGAAGGAGCUGAGGGAGCGUGUUCUCAGAGGAAAGUACCGGAUUCCCUUCUACAUGUCGACUGACUGUGAAAAUCUACUGAAGAAGCUGCUGGUCCUAAACCCCGGGAAACGAGGCAGCCUUCAGCAAAUCAUGAAAGAUCGAUGGAUGAACGUCGGACAUGAGAACGAGGGGCUGAAACCUUACACCGAACCUGAGCAAGACUUCAGCGACCGGGAACGCAUCGAGCUGAUGGCGACGAUGGGCUUCCCUCAGGAGGAAGUGGUGAAGGCGCUGGACGGUCAGAAAUACAACGAGGUGAUGGCAACGUACCUGCUGCUGGGGAGGAAACCUGCUGAGUGUGAAGGCACAGAGUCUUUGUCCAGCAGUAACCUGGUUCAAAGGUCACGCCCCUGCAGCGACAUCAACGGCUCCAGUCAUUCCCCCGCCCACUCUCGCAACGCUCCGACCAGUCAGAAGCAGCGGCGCUUCAGCGACCACGUGGCGCCCUCUAUCCCUCCGCCCGUCUCCUACACCAAGCGUAGCCACGCCAACAGCGUAGAGAGCGACAGGAGGGAAGAGCCCGCCUCACCCAUGGGAGCCCCAGACCGCAGGAAGUCAGCCACAGCUUCAGGGAGCAUGACUCGGAGGAACACGUAUGUUUAUGAGAGGACGAGCGCUGAGCGUCACUCGGCGGCUGUUCCCAACGGGAAGGACAGCAGUCUACCUGAGGUACCUGCAGCUUCCCCCUCCCCAUCACCGGGGGCAGCCGUCUCUUCCACACGCCCCCGUCAUGUCAAGUCCAUGUCAGCGUCGGGGCAUCCCAUGAAGUCCUGCCUCCCUCCCAUCGACGACAACGCAGAGUAUCAGAGCUCCGCCCACCAGCCCCCGGCCUCGCCCUCAGCCUUCAGCGUCACCAGUAGCAGCAGCACCACGCCGGACCGGAGCCGCUUCCCCCGCGGCUCCUCCAGCCGCUCCACCUUCCACGGCGCUCAGCUCCGAGACCGACGACCCGCCACGUACAACGGUCCCCCGGCCUCACCCAGCCUGUCACAGCACGCCGCCGCAUCGCUGGCCACGCCCCGCCGCGGCACCUCCUCCUCCCUCAUCGGAAAGAUCACCUCCAAGUUUGUCCGCAGGAGUUUCUCAGGCGAACCUAAAGAGGAAGCGCGGGACUCCAAGCCUCGUUCCCUGCGGUUCACCUGGAGCAUGAAGACCACGUCUUCCAUGGAGCCAGGGGACAUGAUGAAGGAGAUCCGGAGGGUUCUGGACGCCAAUAACUGUGACUACGAGCAGCGCGAGCGUUACUUGCUGUUCUGCGUCCACGGCGAUGCUCGGCAGGACACUCUGGUCCAAUGGGAGAUGGAGGUGUGCAAACUGCCCCGCCUCUCGCUCAACGGCGUGCGGUUUAAAAGGAUCUCCGGCACGUCCAUCGCCUUCAAAAACAUCGCCUCCAAAGUGGCCAACGAGCUCAGGCUGUGAACGACGCCCACUUUAUCCUUCAACACUUCGAGGAGAAUACCUCUGCUCCUCUUCUUCAAAGAGCGACGGCCCUCCAAGUGACGGCGGCCAUCUUGUGAUCAGCACUAUUCCAGGCUAACUGCUGUAUGACUCCCAGAGAAUAUACCUUAUUAUACUCAACACACUUGUUGUUUGAUGUUAUCACUAAAUGUUGAUGCCAGUGAAACCAAAUAUUAAAAGGAAUGGCGGCUCAGACGUU